AUGAGUUUGGAACUUCAUCUUCUCGGGCACCAGUUCGCGAAUCCGUUUAUGAACGCGGCGGGGGUGAUGUGCAGCGUCCAGGAGGAGCUCGACGCGAUGACCGCGAGCGAGAGCGGCAGCCUCGUCACGAAGAGCUGCACGGCCGCGGCGCGGACGGGGAAUCCGGAGCCGCGGUACAAAAGCCUCGAACUCGGGAGCAUUAAUUCGAUGGGAUUGCCCAACUGCGGCUUCGACUUUUACGAGCAUUACGCCGCCACGACGCACGACUACGCCGCGAAGCCGCUGUUCGUCUCCCUCUCCGGGCUUUCGGUGGGGGAAAACGAGGCGAUGUGCCGCAAACUCGCGGCGGUCACCGCGGCGAAAGGGGCGGUGCUGGAGCUGAACUUGUCCUGCCCGAACGUCCCUGGCAAGCCGCAGAUCGCGUACGACUUUGGGGAUAUGCGGCAGUAUCUUUCCGUGGCCUCGGCCGCCUAUGGACAUCCGUUUGGCGUUAAAAUGCCCCCCUACUUCGACAUCGCGCACUUCGAUCAGGCCGCCGCGAUUUUGAACGACUUCCCGCUCGUAAAGUUCAUCACCUGCGUGAACAGCAUCGGGAAUGGGCUGUUCAUCGACGUCGAGAGCGAGUCUGUGGUGAUAAAGCCCAAACAGGGGUUUGGCGGGCUCGGCGGGCGGUAUAUCCUCCCCACGGCCCUCGCAAACGUGAAUGCCUUCUACCGCCGAUGCCCGGAUAAGUUGAUUUUUGGCUGUGGAGGGGUGUAUACCGGCGAGGAUGCCUUUUUGCAUGUCCUUGCCGGGGCCUCGAUGAUUCAGGUGGGGACCGCACUUCACGACGAAGGCACCGCGAUCUUUGCGCGGCUUUGCCGGGAGCUUCGUGAGUUGAUGGUGAGUAAGGGCUACGCCACUCUGGACGAGUUCCGAGGCAAGGUGAGGUUAAUUGAGUAA